CAUAAUCUGGAUAUCCUAUCCACAAAUCUAUUAUCUUUCACGCUUGAAUUCCCCCACUUUUAGGUGAACCGACAAUGCCCAAUCUCAACCACCUGAUCGUAGUAUGCUGCCACGCAAUAUACCAAGGCGGGCCGACUCGAGGGUUUGAUGAGAGUGAAUGGUUAACCGCGCCCUUCCAGAAAGGCGAAACACCCACUUUUAUCAACCACAUCAAGGCCGGAGUUAGAGAAUUCGAGGCGAGCGAUGGUACAGGGCUGUUGGUGUUUUCGGGCGGUGCAACGAAACGAGACAAGACCAGUCUCACAGAGGGAGAAUCAUACCUCAACCUCGCGCGCGAAAAUAACUAUUUCCGCCCUUCAAAUUCUGUUGCAAUAAACGAAAGAGAUAUUCUGGCUGAACGCCACGCUACCGAUUCUUAUCAAAACAUUCUCUUCUCUCUCCUCCUCUGGCGCCGACACACGCAGCUUGCAUACCCGCAACGUCUCACCAUUGUGACGCACGCGUUCAAGAAAUGCAGGUUUCUUGAGCUACAUCUCCCCGCUAUCGGUAUCACGGCGGGUGUGUUUAUGCGAGAUGGGGAUGGAGAGGUGAGAGUUAGGUUUGUCGGGAUUGAUCCGCCAGAACAUGUCACGCCGCGGCGUGAGUUGGAGCAAGGGGAGAUGGAGAGGGGGGUGGGAUUGUGGAGGACCGAUGAGCAUGGGAAUGGUUUGGUUUUGGGUGCGAAGAGGAAGGGAAGAGGAUGGAGUGAGGGGGAGGAGAGGGCGGUGUUGGAGGGGGAGAGGGAUGAGGUGGUAAGGGAAUUGGUGAGGUGGCGGGGGGAGGGAGUGUUUCCUGGGAUGGAGAGGCUGCCGUGGGUGAAGCUUGGAUUUGGUAGUGUAUAGUUAAU